AUGUUGCUAGUGUACAACAAUUUUUUGCAGAGAAAUCCGAUCAUCACCAACGGCCUCACCACAGGCUUUCUUUUUGGAACCGGAGAUGUAUUGGCUCAGACUUUGUACUCUGAUGGAGUGUCUAAUUUUGACUAUAAAAGGACACUUAGAGCUGUUGUUUAUGGCGGUAUCAUCUUUGCGCCCAUUGGAGACCGUUGGUACAAACUUCUAAACGGUAUCAGGAUGCCAGUCAGGCUGUUCAAAUCUGAAAAGUCUCAGAAGGUAAGCGAUACAAUUGCUCGUGUAGCGGUAGAUCAACUGGUCUGGGCCCCGGUGGGAAUCCCGUUAUACUACUCUUGUAUGGCAAUGAUGGAGGGCCUUACCAUCCAGCAAUGGAAACAGAAACUUGAUGAAAAAUACAUGGAUACCCUUUUUGCAAAUUGGAAAGUUUGGCCCCUGUUUCAAUUGGCAAACUUUUAUGUUUUUCCUGUUCAGCAUCGCUUGCUGGCUGUUAAUGUCAUCAGCAUCAUUUGGAACUGUUAUCUCUCUGCCAAGAACAGUGGGGUUUUAGAGGAUAUGCCUGUCAUAGAGGACGGUACACUUAGACAAAGCUAG